AUGGAGGUGGACCGCACGUUGAUAGAUAAGGAUUUCGAUCGCUACGUACUGGCUACAGAUGGGAUCACCAAGUGUGCUACUGCACUACCGAUUGAGGUGUUGACACCACUGAAUGCAGAUGCAACUAUGCGCAAGGCGCAUUGGGAGUCACGCGUCCACUCUAACGCCCUAACGGUCGAUCCAUUCCUGAGCCAAAGUUAUGGAGCAAGCGUUGCAUAUUACGUGAACGCAGAGUAUCAGCUUGUACAGGUUGUAGGAGACAAGACAAGUACUCAAGUGAAGCUUGAGAACGUUUACAAGUUGCCGGUAUUGACGACACGACAGGAAAAUGUCUCGAUACAAGUGGCAGGUAAAGGGGUGAUCGUGUAUUGUGAUGGACAUGGGACGCUGUACUUUUUACAAGCUGAGAUCGAGAAGCCUGGAGCCAAGUGGAGUCUCGUGUACAAAUGUGCACCGUGGGAUGUGAUCCCGUUGCUUCUUUUGAGAGCUUUUUACAAUGAACAAGACCAGCAUCUUUAUGUUGUGGUGGCUGAAUCGUUGUCAAAGAACGAAGUUGACGGAGCAUUUCGACUCUCGUUGGUUGAUGUGGUAGCAAUUGGAACUUCUACUGGAAAUGAUAUGAAGAUUGAUUGUCAAUCUGUUGGACUGGAAAAACACGUGACGUCAGGGAUUGCUGUUGUGACAAAAUUACCGACGUACGUCUCGUUUUGCGGGCCUACAGUGGCUUUGCUUGUCGAAGAAACGCACCAAUUGCUUCUGAAGCUUGUAGCAGACAAGGAGGAGAUGACGUUGAUGAAAGAAAUUUCACAAGAAAAUGACACAUUGAUGCUUCACAAGCGUCGCCACAAUGAAGACGUAUUGGACGAUAAUGAGAUGGCUGCAUUGCUGUCCAAACUUCCACGAGCAGGAAUUGGUUUUCACGGCGAGAUCUCGAAGCCCAAAGAACCCAGUGAAUUAGCAUCUCUCGACUUCAACACGCCGUUAAGUGAGAGGUUCCAUAAGUCCAGUACGCCAUUUAGCUCAGUCGAUGCGCCUCUCUGCGGCAAACCCGAUACCUCGACUUGCUACCGCAACGAAAACAUUGGCGGCAGUCCAGGUCGAUCACUCGAGAUCCCGACAGCAGAGUCCAUUCUCAGCGGCUUUGAGGAAUGCGAUAACGGCGACCCAAACGCCAAAGCGUCCUUGUUGCUAGUUAACUGCGAGCAACAAGUGGUGCAACAGCAAUUGGCGAUCGAUUGUCUGAACUUUCAGUUCUUGUGUCCAAGCGUCCAAGUCAACAGUUCAAGCGACUUCAAGUCUGCGCUACUUUUUCGAAACGAUGUGCAUGGUCUCGUCUUCAAGCUGAAUAUGGUCGUCGCUCAACUAUCGUUGCAGCACGCGUCCACAUUGCCAGCAUUUGGCUUUGUACAGGCGUCCAAACAGGAGAAAAAGUUCAUGUCAUUUCAUCCAUCAGGUUCAUUCGCUUGCAUUGGCGAAUUCAAGCGACGUGUGUUCGUGUACCAAGGCAACAACAGCUCGGAAAAAGAACGUAUGUUACAUACGCGUCGACAAUACGUAGUAGAGAUUGGUGAUCAAGAGCUGCUAGGGAUGCAGAUUGUGAGUGAGAACACAAUUCUCGUGCUGACGUCGAGCCAAGUCUACAUGCUUGAGCUGGACACUUGA